AAGUCUUGUGAGCGCCUCAGAGCCGAACAGCACACAGCAGCAGCAGCAGCUCGAGGCGAGCUCAGAACAGAAGUAGCGACGCGCGCGCCGUGCUUCUAGAUGACAGACCUAACAUAAACAGACCUUUGCUGUCUCUUUACAACCCCAACACAGUCUCUCUCGCUCUCGGGAAGCCUGGAGAAGAAGAAUGACUGACGGAGGAAUGUUAAUCUCGCCGUCGGUUCUCCAGGAUCCUGGAGAUGGGGCGAAACCCGAAGACAUCAGUAUGGAUUGUUCGGACGGGGAAGACGACUUAUGUUUGGAAGAGAUUUUAACUCUGUACAGUCAACCGAUCAAUGAGGAGCAAGCCUGGGCCGUGUGUUAUCAGUGUUGCAGGUGGUUAACCCAAAAACAGAGACGGAAAGAGACGGGUGGGAGUCCACCUGGACGGAUUGCGGGUCCUGGAGAUGUGAGGAUCCGGAAAGACGGGACUGUUCAAUUAUAUCAACAGAGCAGUACAGAUAAACUCAUCCCGCCCAGUUCAUCAAUAGAGAUCAUAGAGUCUCUGGGUAUAAUGAUCUACAAGGCUUUGGAUUACGGCCUGAAAGAGCAUGAGGAGAGAGAGCUCAGCCCACCUCUGGAGCAGCUCAUCGACCUCAUGACCAACAUGGCAGACACCGAAACAGACUGUUCUGAUGAGGGAUAUGAGGCAACGGAGGAAGAGGAUGAGGGAGAGGAAGAACCCACAGAAGUCUCCAACAUUCGUGGCUACCGUGACAUCAUUUCUCUGUGCACGUCUCACCUCCCCAGCCCUUCAGAUGCGCCCAACCACUACCAGGCCGUGUGUCGAGCCCUGUACGCAGAGACCAAGGAGCUACGCACCUUCCUGGAGAAGAUCAAGAGUGCCAAAGAGGUUUUGCGGAAAAUGGGAAAAGAAACAGAAGAGCCCACCAGAGACCUGAAUGAGCUGCAGAACGCUGACUGGGCACGGUUUUGGGUGCAGGUGAUGAGGGACCUGAGACACGGUGUGAAGCUGAAGAAGGUCCAGGAGCGUCAGUAUAACCUUCUCCCCAUCGAGUUCCAGCUCACGCCUUAUGAGAUGCUCAUGGACGACAUCCGCUCCAAGCGCUACAAACUUCGCAAAGUCAUGGUCAGUGGUGACAUUCCUCCGAGGUUAAAGAAGAGCGCACACGAGAUCAUUCUGGACUUCAUUCGCUCCAGACCUCCACUGAAUCCUGUUUCUGCUCGUAAGCUAAAGCCUCAUCCUCCAACACCUCCCAGCCUUCAUGAGCGUAUCCUGGAAGGGAUCCGGUCGGAGAGAAAGCUCAGGCCUGUCUCACCUGAUAUGAUCCGCAGAAGUCGACUCGGCGCAGGCAAAAGUAUGAGCACCCCACAGGACUUGUUCCGAAGCUCAGACAUCCCUGAUGGACCCCGAAAGUUGGCCGUCAGCACACUGUCCCUGGCCAAUGGCACGUCUCUCGCUCGGAGCCCUGUAAACGGUGUAGCUGGAGGUCAGUCGCUGUCCCAGAGAAAGAGGCUGCUCAAAGCGCCCACGCUGGCCGAGCUCGACAGCUCCGACUCUGAUGAGGAACAAAACACUAUGAAGUCUGGCAGCAGCUCCAGUGUGUCCACAUCGCUGGUUGAGGACACGUCUCCAGAGUCCGUCAUGGGCAAAAAGACUCCCCCACAGUUCCUGCCCAUUUCUUCCACCCCUCAACCUGACAAACGCUUCGCUCCACAGAGGAGGCACUCCAUAGAGAAAGAAGCUCCCACCAGCGUUCGGCCUUUCCUGCCUCCGUCUCGCCAAAACUCCAAAUCUCUGCUGUCUUCGGACAACAAGGAGGAGUUCUGCUACCCCGUCGAGUGCCUGACAUUGACCGUAGAGGAGGUGAUGCAUAUCAGACAGGUUCUUGUCAAAGCAGAGCUGGAAAAGUUCCAGCAAUAUAAAGACGUCUAUAAUGCGCUAAAGAAAGGAAAGCUUUGCUUCUCAUGUCGGACGAAGAAGUUCUCGCUCUUCACUUGGUCCUACACCUGCCAGUUCUGUAAGAGGCCUGUUUGUUCACAGUGCUGUAAGAAGAUGAAGUUGCCCUCCAAGCCUCAUGCCAGCCUGCCCAUCUCCUCUCUGGGCCCCAGCAUUCUGCCCAAAAAGGAGUCUGCAGCAUCAGCCGCCCCAGAGAAGACCUCCACCACAUCCAGCCUCAAACGCCACAGCCUUCAGCGCACCAUGUCCAGAUCAUCAAAGCACGGUGAGCGCUCAUCGUCCAAAGACGAGCUGGAGCUGCCGGAGCAGUUCACAGAGGACUGGAGCACCAUGGAGGUCUGCGUGGACUGCAGGAAGUUCAUCAACGACAUCAUCAGCAACAGCAGACAUAAUCAGUCCACAAAACGUGCCCGGCUGCACCGCAGGACCCACUCCGUCUACUCGUCCAACACCAGUUCUUCCAACUACAAACCCUCAGAACGGACUAUCAAAGAGGUUUAGGACCCUAUGUUUUGGAACAGUCACGUGUGCUCCGUCUUAAUAAAGCUCUCUCACUUAUACUGUUCUCACCUGUCGCGAACAUGCCAGAGAUUAAUAAGCUUAUGUUACAUAUGAAAAAUACGGCCUCUUUUGUUACCUUUGUAACGUACCUUCAGUACCUCUUCUUUUCCUUUUAAAAAGUGCCAGAGGUGAAGGAAUAAAGCCGUUCCUCUUCCAGCACGAGUCCUUAAGCGCCGGCCUUCUCAGGAAAAGUUUUCUUCUGUGAUUAAAGCUUUGGAAUGUAGUUUCACACUCUACUUACUUUGACCAGCUUUUCUCAAAUGAAUCUUGAGUUGACACUGAAUGAAAUUAAUGAAAUGAUAGUGUGAAAAAGAAAUCGCUAGGCUGCUUUGAUCACUUAAAGGCCUGAAUGUACAUUUUUCAGUAUAGUAAAAUGGAGCUCAAUUGUAUGUAAAUAGUUGCUGAAUGAUCAGCCUGUUCUAGAUGUAAAUAAGCAUCCAAAUGGACUUAUUUUCCCCUUUAAGGAAGUACUAGUCGAUUGCUGAAAGAUCAAGAGACUGUAGAUUUAAUCAGCCAAUUCAAGAUCAAGUCCUACCAAAUGGUUUUCUUAUUGUUUGUUCAAAGAUAAUGCUGCUGUAAAUGUGACAUGGUCCAAACAAAUGCAUUUAGAUAAUUACAAAAAUACUUAAAGAUAACUAUAAAUAUUUUUCCUGUCUGAUGGCGGUGUUUUUUUUUUAAAUUUUAGUCAAAGAAUGAGGGUCAAGAAGUGUUUUUUAAGAGCGGAUGCUGAAAGCUGUAGUGAUCGGCUGUGCCAAACAAAUCUCCAUUAUCUGAGCAAUAUGUGUUUUGGACCUGAUGUACAUAGUCAUUAAUAUUUACUGGCUCAAAGUGGGAAGUGACUUUUGUAGGAUAUGUUUAUGUACAUGCUGUAUAUCCGAAUCUCAUCUGAUCCUCUUACUAUUAAAAUACGUUAUAUUGUGAUAAAGUUAUGAUUUAUAUUAAUAAUGAUCAUUUUAUUGCAAAAUGUUGCUUUCUUUUCCUGUUCAUUUCUAACCUUCACUCAACAUCUACAAAUAUUUUUUUAUUUUUCAGAUGCAUUUAUUUUGCGGUCUUAAAAACAUUGUAAAUUAAGUUAUAAUAUAUUAUUAGCUGUUUUGUGCAAUGAAACACGCCAGGAGACUUUAUUUUAAGGUACUGAAGUCAUGUCACAGUUUUUGGAAGGAUUGUUUCUCUUUGUCCUUUAAAAAUUCCAUUAAAAAAUACACUUAUGAGUAGACAUGCACUGCAAUUGAAUACAGGCCUGUUGACUUGUUCUUUUGUUUUGUGCUAAACUGACUGUAAUGCCUUCCUCUAAAGAAUGAUUGAUUUGCAUGAUUUUUUUUAAUAAGAAUGAAAUUGUCAAUAAAUAAAGCAUUGCAUUUGCGUA